CAAAGGCCUCUUUUAAAAAAAGGAAAUUUGAUUGUUAAUGUAUCACAAAAAGAGAGAUUGAAAUCAGGCACCCUUAAUCCUUUGACAGAAGAUGUAUUGCUAGAAUAAAGUUUGGGUUCCCACUAAUUCAGUUUGAAAAGAACUUGUUGGGUUCAUCCAUCUGUCAUAAUUCAGGAACCUUUAACAUGGAGCAGAAUUCAGAGCAAAGGAGGGAUGGCUCUUUUUCUGGUUACCUGAAUUUUCCAAGUUCUCCAGCAAGGUUGCAGCCAAGAAAAAACCAGGCCAUUCGGACAAACAAUGAACUAGUCAAGUCUUCAGAUCAACCCACAACCAACUUAAAUGUUAUACAAACAGAACAUGCUAAGACUUUGCAUUUAAAGAAUAUUACUGUGCGUAACAAUGAUGAAAGGAUAAGUUCUAUUGAAAAGCAAGGAGGAAACGUGAACUCUUUUGAUAUGACUGCUAACCUAGAUAAAGAAAAGAAUAUUGCAUUCCUUUUAAAUGAAUUGGAUGUUCUAAGGGCAAACAAUAAGAAGCUUCAGGAUCAGCUGUCUGCAAAAGACAAGGAGCUGAAGGCAGUCAAGCUGGACUUGGAGCUACAUGAGAGAGUGGCAGAAGCUAAGAGUGCAGAAAAGGCUGCAGCUCUGGUAGAAGAAAUUCAUUCUGCACAACAUGAACACGAUGAAGCCAUCAUGGCUAGACUGAAGUUGGCCAGUGAGGAGAGAAAUGAUGCUUGUAAACAAAUAAAGCUAGUGGAACAACCUCUUGAAACGCUAGAAAAUAUUAACCCUGAAGAAAAUGACAUGACAUUACAGGAAUUACUGAACAGAAUAAACAAUGCAGACACCGGUAUGGUGAUAUGGAGGACUGGAGCUAUAAUUGUCGAUCGAAUAUACAGAACCCAGGAACAGAAAAAGAAAAUAACAGCUGAAGAAAUUAAUACACUGAUAGAAGAGCGAGAUGCUGCACUGGCUCAAUGCAAACGGCUGGAGCAGGAGCUUCAUCAUAUGAAAGAGCAGAACCAGACUUCUGCAAACAACCCUAGACAUCUGACUGCUGAAAACAAUCAAGAACGUGCUCUGAAGGAAAAGUUGUUUGCUAUGCAACAAGAGAGAGAAGCUGCUGUUCAUCAGUAUAAAAAUCUAGAAGAAGAGCUCCAGACUCUUCGUAUUUAUUACAGUUUGCAUCAAGCUCUAUCCCAAGAAGCAAGUCUUAAGGAUCAAUUCAACUCCACACUUACAACAUAUGAAAAAGCUUUGAAAAACAGAGAUGAUAUUGUCUCCAUGCUGCUGCUUCAAAAUGAGGAGCUGGUGACUCAGCUCCAACAAAUGGCAGCAGAGAGAACAAACAUUGAAUUAAAGUUUCAGCAAGCUUCAGAUGCUUUGCAAGAGACCACCGAGAAACUUCAAAAAUUGCAAAGGCUGGUGGACGUCCUAAGGAAGAAGAUUGGAGCAGGGUCCAUUAGGAUGGUGAUCUGAUAGAAAGCUCCAGUCUAGGGAAGCAUUCACAUCUGGAGACCAGGCUGCUUCAUUCAGUACUAUGUAAACACUAAAGCUUUAACUUAGCAAACAGUUGUUAGAAGUGGGACACUCCAACGACAUUCCAAGCUGAGAUAAAAUCAAAUCAUAAAUGUUUAACCACUUGGCUGCUGAGAUCUGAGAUUUAUCCAAAGGUAUUUGGUCAAAUAUACUUUUGUAGCAGAUCUAUUUUGGUAUAUUUAGUGAACUGUGUGGGUAUCUGUGGGUGACUCUGUUUAAUGUACAAUUGUUUCUUUAUGGAGUUCUUGCUUUUUAUUUCUAAUUUAAGGUACAAAAACUUGUAGAGCAUUCCUGAACUCUUAAAUUCCCUGAGUUGAAUAGAAAUAUUUAAAACUGGCAAAAGAUGCUGAAAUGUAAGGUGCUUCUAAUGAAAAAGAGAAACUUAGAGCAAAAAUUAUCUAUUGCUAAUAUCAACCGUCAACUGUCAUGUUACCUCCUAAGGUAAUUUGAUUUUCUAGCAGUGCUGAAUUGGUGAAUAAAAAUAUUCACCUGCAGACAGGUAUAUGUAUGCUGGGUGGUGGGUUUCAGUUAUUCAGUUUGAAAGAGUCUGUGUUAUUAUGAACUUUCCAAUAAGAGGAAGUAUUGCCAUGAGGAAUGUGGGAUAUGGACUAGGUGAAGAGAACUUCUCAGGAAUAGCUCCAAUUUUUUGGCCCACAGCCUUUUAAAUGAUUCCGCAUGAAUGUGUUUUCAGCCUUUCACUGUUUUUAGUGCCUUGUUUCUGCCAUUUUAUUUGUCAUUUAUGUUAAAUGUUAUACUGAAUGUUUUAUAUGGUUGUUAUUUGCCCAUAAUCCAUCAAGACUGGGGCACAAUAUGGGUAUUUUUAAAUAAAUUAAAAUUUUAAAAUAAAUUAGCAAUUGAUUGAA